CAGUUCUACACACCCAGCCAUCAUCAAACUCCUCUCUUCUCCAAAUCUUUGCCCAGUUCUUCACCAUCAACAGCACCAGCAAGAUGGCUCGCUUCGCCGUGGUUGCCGCGAUCGUCGCCCUCCUCGCCGUCACCGCCGCCGCGCAGGGCCCCAUGCCGGCGCCCAGGAUGGCCCCGCUCCCCGCGCCCCCGGCGAGGUCCCCGGCCACCGCUCCUGCGCCGGUCGCCACUCCGCCUACCGCCGCGUCGCCCUCGCCGAUGGCAUCUCCCCCGUCACCACCCAUGGAGACCCCGACCGAGGCUCCCUCCGCGAUGACACCCUCCGCAAUGACCCCCUCCGCUGUCUCUGCCACACCGGCCGGCGCUCCAACUGACACACCCGCGAGCUCCGCCGUCUACACGUCGACUGUCAGCUUCGUCGCCGUCGCCGGCGCGGUUGCCGCCGCCAUGGUGUUCUAGAUGGAGCCAUGGAGGGAUGGUCGUGGGACUGAUACACCUCUGAUCUACCGCCGCCGUUGUUUAUACGACUAGAUUUUCUUUUCGUGAGACCGGAGAGUGAGAGGCUUGGCAUUUGCCAUGUUGUACGUGCUUGGACAUGCACGAGAUUAUGUACUUGUACCUACCAUUAUUAAUAGAAAUUCUUUCAUUUGUUA